AUGGUUGAUUACGCGAACCCAAUAGAAGAUGACAGUCAAAUAAACAGCAUAACCAUACCAGCAUCUAGGUCUGUACGAGUAGGAAGACAUGUUCGUCCGUAUCUCCGAGACCUAUAUCAGAGACGUCUGCUUCAAGGGCCAGAGAAGUAUCGACCCCGUUCAGUUUGGAAACCUUGGAAUUACGACUCUGAAUUGUUGGCGUUUAGAAGUAGAAUAGGCGAAGACAUCGACACUGACAUCCUCUGCCUUUGCUUUACUGAUAAGUCGUUCGCACUAUACACUGGCCAAAAAGAUGCAAACGGUAGUCUACGUGAUAACUCAGUUCUGGCUGAAACAGGACGUCGCCUGUCGGAUAUCUAUAUUCGGAAGUUCUUGCGAAAAUUCUAUCCGCGUCUGCCAGAGGAAUGGAUAGCUUGUGUGAAGGACCGUCUCUUAUCCGACUCCGAUUUGGCCUUCGUUGGUGCUCAUCUUGGUAUCACCGAUGUUCUUCAAUACGCUAUGGAGGAACGGGCCGACACGCUUCCAAUGAUCCCAGAUAUCACAGGACCACCACCACUGUGUGCCAUUGCGACAUCCUUUCUUGCUCUUGUUGGGGCGCUAGCCAACGAUCAGCGGGUUGCUAACCUCUUCAUUCGGGAUUUCAUACUCACGCGACUGUUGGACUUGGAAUUGUGCGCCGAUUUCUCAUUUCCUCUACAAGAUGAACCGUUUGCCUUACUGGAAGGUGUCCUGCGAUUUGAUAACCGUGGUCCUCCUGAGCCCAGGCUACAAAAGCAGAGUAGUAUGAAUACACUACUCGCGUGCUACCAAGUUGGCAUCUACAGUGAUCGACAACUGGUCGGCGAAGCGCCAGGGGAAACUCUCGAAAUUGCAGAGAAAGAGGCGGCUUUACAAGCCCUGCGGAACCUCUUCGGAAUUCAAGACAACCACCCACCACUACCUCUUAGUGGACCAUACGUUCCUGUUGAUAAUAUAGCUCCCAAUCCAUCGCUUAAAGAUUACCUAAGGACACCAAUGGAUAAAUAG